AUGGCGCCUGUCAUCCUCGCCAUGGACGUGCACUGCGGCAGCUGCGCCAAGAAGAUCCGGAAAGCCAUCAUGAAGGUGCCUGGGGCGGAGAGCGUGACCGCGUCCUACGAGACCGGGCUCGUGGUGGUCGAGGGCACGGCCGACGCGGCGGCGGUCAUGGCGCGGCUCCGAGCCAGGACGAACAAGGCCGUCAGGGUCGUGAGCGACGGCGUGGAGGAGGACGGGGAGGCGGCGGCCGCGGGGGCCAGCGCCAGCGGCAGCGUCAACGCUAAUCCGCCGCCGCCUGCCGGGCCAGCUGAUGACCCUCCAGCUCCGGCGCCGCCCAUCGUCCUGGAGAUGGACCUCCACUGCCGGUCCUGCGCCGAGAAGGUCGAGAGGCGCGUCAUGGAGAUCCCAGGCGUGGACGCGGUCACGACGGACGUGCCGGGGCGCCGGGUGGAGGUCACCGGCACGGCGGACGCCUCGACGGUGGCGACGAGCGUCGAGGUCAGGAUGAGGAGGCCCGUCAGGGUGGUCAGCGACCCCCGCAGCGCGGGGGACGCGCCGGCACGGUACGACCACGAGCAGCGGAAGGCGGCCGCGGCGCGGGCAGCGGCGGAGCAGAUGUGGGAGCUGUACGGGGCGACGACGGCGCACGCGGAGCCGCGGCCGCAGGAGGUGGCGGCUACCGACAAUGCCAGCAACCACUCAUCGUCGCCGUCGUCAGCGGCGUGUCCCGCCGGAGGAGGUGAAUGUUACGGGCAGCAUUGGCCGGCGUACCAACCGCCGGAGGUGGGCGCCUUCUAUACGCAUCAAGGAGGAGAUUGUUUCGGGCAGCAGUACAGGCCGGCGUACCCGCCGCCGGAACCAGAGCCGGAGGGCUACUACUAUCCAUACGGUGGCCAGCCGGCGGAUGAGAAUCCUGGCAGUUGUUCCAUCCAGUGA